CAUCAUGGCUUCAUCGUUCGGUGUGUGGGACUAUGUUGUGUUCAUCGCUAUGCUGCUCGUGUCCGCCGGAAUCGGAGUGUAUUAUCGAUUUUCCGGUGGCAAACAGAAGACUAACACGGAGUACCUUCUAGCCGAUCGCAACAUGUCGAUCUGGCCGGUGUCAUUUAGCUUGAUGGCUAGCUUCAUGUCCGCGAUCACGUUGCUCGGGGUGUCGAACGAAAAUUACCAGUUCGGUACACAGUUCGUGGCCAUCAACCUUUCGUACGGGCUUGCCACCCCGAUCGCGGCCUACCUCUUCCUGCCAGUAUUCUUUCGCCUGCAAGCCUGUAGCGCGUACGAGUAUCUCGAGAAACGGUUCGGCAAAAAGACACGACUAGCGGCGUCGUUGGCUUACACCCUGCAGAUGAUACUGUACAUGGGUAUUGCGGUGUAUGCGCCCGCCCUAGCCCUACAGGCCGUUACUGGGCUCGAUCAGGCGUACUCGAUCCUGGCGAUCGGUGGCAUCUGCACGUUCUACUCCACGAUCGGUGGCAUGAAGGCGGUACUGUUUACCGAUGUCUUCCAGUCGGUGCUUAUGUUUGCCGCCAUUUACGCGGUCAUUAUUUGUGCUGCCGUAAAAGCUGGCGGACUGGGACCGAUAUGGGACGCGGCGUCCGAAGGUGGCCGGUUGGAGAUUUGGAACUUCGAUCCAAACCCAACCACACGGCACACCUGGUGGUCAUUGACGAUCGGUGGCAUGUUUACGUAUCUAUCCCUCUACGCCGUCAACCAGACGCAAGUGCAACGGCUCAAGACAGUGAAGAAUCUAAAGUCCGCCCAGAAAGCUCUCUGGCUAAACUGGCCCAUUCUUUCCCUGCUCAGUCUGAGCACUUCCUUCAGUGGGCUGGCAAUAUACUACUUCUACCGUAACUGUGACCCACUGCGGCAGGGCCGCAUCAAGGUGCGUGAUCAAACAAUGCCACUGUUCGUCGUGGAUGCUAUGGGUGAUAUGCCCGGACUUCCUGGCCUGUUCGUGUCCGGUAUCUUCUCCGCCAGCCUGUCCACCGUAUCGGCAGCCCUUAACUCACUUGCCGCCGUCACGCUCGAAGACUACCUAAAGCCGCUGUACCAGAAGGUGAAAAGAAAACCCCUGCCCGACCUACAAUCUAGCUUCCCGAGCAAAGUGAUGGCAUUCCUGUACGGUAUGAUCUGUAUCGCAGUCGCUUUUCUUGCUCAAAAAAUGGGCGGCGUGCUGCAGGCAUCGCUCACAAUUUUUGGCGUCGUCGGUGGACCACUGUUUGCGCUCUUUACCUUGGGAAUGUUCACCACACGUGCCAACCAGCGGGGCGCGAUAACGGGACUGCUCAUAGGGCUAUCAUUUUCCCUCUGGAUAGGAUUUGGCCAGCCAAGGCCACCGCUAAAAACGCUCGACUUUUCCGUUGAGGAUUGUUCCGAUUUCGGAGGUUUCAAUCAGACCAGCCUACCGCUCGCUAUGGCACAGCGGGCCGCCGAACCACGCGACGAUUCCGACUACUUCUAUCUGUACCGAUUGUCUUAUCUGUGGUUUAGCGUGCUCGGCUAUCUGGUGACGUUCAUCGUAGGCUACGGCACCAGCUUAUUAUUGCGCUGGCGCGGUGCUCAGGGCACGGAGCGGAUCUACCUCGACGAGCAGCGUAACUACAUCAAUACUGACCUGUUUUCACCCCCGGUUGCCCGUGCCAUGAAGCAACGGAUGGCCAAGUUCAUCGAGAACGGUGGAGAUAUCGAUGCUACAACAGCGCGGCAACAUUCGAGCAGUGUGGACAUUCCGGCGACCGAUAAGCAUGGCAGCGCAAGUCCCCUCUAA